AAGAGAAUAUAGCAUGAAGCGAAUAACACCAAGCCAGUCGUCCGGGUGAUUUACAAAGGACGCGUCGCAGUUCUAGAAUUUAUAAUGAUUAAAUUUAAAGUAAUUAUUUUUCUUACAAUUGUGCUUUCGUGUAAUGGACGCUUGCGACUUCUCGGUGAUAUUCUUUCGACCACUCAUGAGAAAAUACAUUCGACAGUUCAUGAUCUAGCUGGUUCAGUACUGGGGGGACUGUCUCAUGGUAUUAAUCUCAACAUAGAAGGCCAUGUUGGCGUUCAUGAACAACGACGACCCGAUCCAGGAUUCCAUCAGAACCCUCAUCAAAAUGGAUACAAUCCAGCUCCACCAGGUUCUCAGAACGUUGAUAAAGUAAUUGUUAUUAUUAAAGAAGAAGAUAAUUAUAAUAGAAGACCUGAUCAACCAAAUAGACCUCCUUUCAAUGGAUACAGACCAAAUAACCAGCGCCCAAAUUAUGAUAAUUCCUAUGGACAAGGGAAUUACAAUAACGGACAAUCAAAUAAUCAUAACUCAAAUGGACAGGGAAAUUACAAUAACGGACAAUCAAAUAAUGAUAAUUCAAAUGGACAGGGGAAUUACAAUAACGGGCAAUCAAAUAAUGAUAAUUCAAAUGGACAGGGGAAUUACAAUAACGGACAAUCAAAUAAUGAAAACUCAGAUGGGCAGGGGCAUUACAAUAAUGGACAAUCAAAUAAUGAAAAUUCAAAUGGACAGGGGCAUUACAAUAACGGACAAUCAAAUUAUGGAAAACCAAAUAAUGAUUUCCAAGGAAAUAACAACCAAGGUCACUAUGGACGGCCAAACGGUAAUAAUUAUAACCAAAAUAAUUAUGAGCGACCUAAUAAUAUACCUAACAAUAAUUUUAAUAAUCAAAAUCACUACGGAACAAUUAAUACACCAGAAGAGGUCACCACAAAGCAACCAUAUCAUCCACCGGUGGAAACUACAACGAAAAAGCUAGAUAAUGAUGAACCAUUCUUCGUCCCACUAAGUCCGGAUGAGUACAACUAUGGCGGACAGAAAAUUAACAUCACAGAACCGAAGCGAGAAACCAAUAAAGAUAUACAGAAACAAAUUGAGGACGGUGUGGGGAACCUUGAUAUAAGAUUUAGCGAUGAUUAGGCGUAAGUUUUUGUGUAAGAUUUUGCUCUUUUAAUAUAUUUAUGAUAAUAAAAAUAUAAUGUUUAA